GGGACAGUGGCCUCUCCCACUUGAAUGUCAACGCGGAGGAGAAGAGACGCCCACUGCAACUCCAUUGUCUCAAGAAACUGCUUUUCACACCCCAGCGUAUGAGUCACAUGGACAAACGCUUUGUAAAUGCUUUUUAAGAAUCAGCACUCCAGGAGAAUACACUCUGUUUGCUCAACGGGCCGUGGCCUUGAAGCUUAUCUAAAAGGGUUUAACUUCACUGGAGAGCCGCCUUGGAUCUCCUGAAACUGUGGAAGUUUUCAAUCUUCAACUCAAUUCAAUCUUUUUAUAUACAAUACUCAGCAUUGACUCUCUGCUGCAGAACUCUUCCAGUUUCUGAUUGACGAAUUGAAGGGCAUCCUAUGGCCAUGAAUUCAGCCGAGUUCGAUUUCUCGUUCCUGGAGGAAGGGUUUUCUGCCAAAGAUAUUGUUGAGCAGAAGAUCAAUGAGUCAUCUGUGACAGAUGACAGGGAUGCCUUCUAUGUGUGUGACUUGGGAGAUGUCUUGAAGAAGCACCUGCGCUGGGCAAGGGCCCUUCCCCGUGUGUCUCCUUUUUAUGCUGUCAAGUGCAAUGACAGUCGGGCUGUUGUGAUGACACUGGCCUCACUGGGUACUGGUUUUGACUGUGCAAGCAAGACUGAAAUCCAGCUCAUUCAGUCUCUGGGAGUGGAUCCGAGCAGAAUCAUCUAUGCCAACCCCUGCAAGCAGGUCUCUCAGAUCAAGUAUGCUUCUGCUCAUGGGGUCCAGAUGAUGACUUUUGACAGCGAAAUGGAGCUGAUGAAAGUGGCUCGGUAUCAUAACAAUGCCAAACUGGUGCUGCGGAUUGCCACAGAUGACUCCAAGGCAGUUUGUCGCCUGAGCAUCAAGUUUGGGGCCCAACUUAAAGCUUGUCGGGGGCUUCUGGAGAGGGCCAAGGAAUUGGGGCUGGAUGUGAUUGGCGUUAGCUUCCAUGUUGGCAGUGGCUGCACUGACCCGGAGGCCUACAAGCAGGCGAUAACUGAUGCCCGCUGUGUCUUUGAUAUAGGGGAUGAUUUGGGUUUCUGCAUGAACCUUUUGGACAUCGGAGGAGGUUUCCCUGGUUCAGAAGAUGCAGAGCUCAAAUUUGAGGAGAUCACUGCAGUAAUCAACCCAGCCCUGGAUAAAUAUUUCCCUCCUGAAUGUGGUGUGAGGAUCAUUGCUGAACCUGGUCGCUUUUAUGUGGCCUCUGCUUUCACCCUCGUUGUUAAUAUUAUUGCAAAGAAGGUCAUCGUGGAUGAUGAGUCUGCUUCUGAUGAGGAGGAUGAUUGCAUCAGUGACAGGAGCCUCAUGUACUAUGUCAAUGAUGGAGUGUAUGGAUCCUUCAACUGUAUUCUGUAUGACCACGCUCAUUGUCUGCCAAUCUUGCACAAGAAGCCCAAGCCAGAUGAGGCCAUGUAUCCCUGCAGUAUCUGGGGCCCAACAUGCGACGGCCUUGAUCGUAUAGUGGAGCAGUGCAACCUGCCAGACAUGCAUGUGGGCGAUUGGCUGCUCUUUGAGAACAUGGGGGCCUACACUGUGGCCGCCUCUUCCACAUUUAAUGGGUUCCAGAAGCCUGACAUUCACUACGUCAUUUCUCGGCCGGCCUGGCAACAUGUGCAGCAGAUCCGCUCCCAGGGCCUGCCAUCUCUCGUGGAGCCCUGCCUGCUCGAUUUUCCAGCCUGUUGUGGAAGAGAGAGCAACUUGCAGAUGCCCGCGAAGCCCUGUCAGGCCCGCGUGGUAUAAAGGCAACAUGAAUCACAAUUCUUGGAUCAUUUGCCAAUCAUAACAGGAGCAGCUUUUUUUGUUUGGGAGAAGUGACAUCUUGGCCAGUUAUUUGGAGGAGCGGUGGGGCAUAUUGUUGCACACAUUUCUGUUCUGUUGGAAGCUUACAAUUUUCCAUGACAUUGUUGGCUGGAUGAUUUUAUUCAAGAAGGGCUACUGUUUCCACUAUGUCCACGUAAUAGAAAUUUGUAUUAAUAUUUUACCAUGUAGCUAAUGAAUGCUGUAUUCUCCUACUAUAAAUGAUGUCAUUGCAUGCAUUAACAUUCUUAGCAGGGGGAUGACAAUGUAUGCAUGUUUCCAUCAAACCCCUUGCUGAAUCUGCUUCUUUUCAUUCCUUUGUAGUGUAGGUCAUGUUAGCUCAAUUUGGCACUAUUUUAAAAACUAAUCCUAAUUCCUAUUUACCCACAUUGACUCAAGGAAAGGCUGGGUGUCUCAUUUAAUUUCAUGAUUGUAGCCUGGAGAAAGCAUAAAAUGUUUGCGUUUAUUGCGAUGGUAAGAAGAUAGCCUUUGGCUGUCAGAGAUGGGAUUGCAAUUUCAUAA